AAAGUUUUCAACCUGUCUUUCUUCUCUUAUCCUCAGCUUCUCGCCAGGCUUCGGCCUCGGAUACCACACACACAAGUAUGCAGCUCCGGUAGCAAAUGCGCCGGCCGGGUGGCUUUUCAUCAAUGGAGCGCGAAGAGGCAGAUUUGGAGGAGUCCAGAGAGUAUGGAUCCUCAGGCGAAGCAGGGCAUACGCGCAUCAGAGCAAGACGAGCCCCCGAGCCUGAACGAUGAAGAGGAGAGCGGUCCCCCAAAAGAUACAGCCGAAUUCUAUCGCGCCCAACCCAUUUUCAAUCGACGAAUCCACGUGCUGGGAACGGGCAAUGUGGGCAAGUUCGUUGCGCAUUCACUGCGCGGGAUACCUCAAGAUCCGCCACCCGUGACGCUCAUAUUCCAUAGACACGAACAUCUCACAGCUUGGGAGGAAUCGCGAAAAGUUAUAAAUCUGAUCACAGGGGGAGAUAGUGUCUACCGGGAAGGUUGCGAUGUGGAGCUGGCUUUUCCAAAUCCCAGAUAUCAUGGCAAGGAGAUCGACCAAUCCGAGCUUCGUCGCUCUGAUUCAUGGCCUGGGAAGUCUGACGAGCCGAUCGAUUCCCUCAUUGUAUGCACAAAGGCACCCAACGUCCUGUCAGCUCUAUCUCCAAUCAAGCACCGUCUGCAUUCAGAAUCUAUAAUCCUGUUCCUUCAAAACGGCAUGGGCACCGUCGACGAAGUCAGCAGAGAGAUAUUCCCUGACCCCGCAACUAGACCUUAUUACAUGGUUGGAAUCAAUUCUCACGGUCUGCACCGUGCCGCAGACCAGUUUACGACUGUUCACGCUGGAUUCGGAUUGAUUUCGCUCGGCAUAUUACCACAUGAGAGGAAUCGUGACCCGACAGCGCCAUAUGCUCCUAUUCUGAAGUUCGCCCCUGGACGAAAAGCUGAACCGAUAGAACCCAAGAAUCCAGCAACCCCGGGCCUUUCUGCACAAGAACCUGAGCCUGUUGCUGCCCCAUGGACCCCCAACCAACGAUAUCUUUUGCGAACUCUCCUACGAGUACCUGUCCUCGGCGCAACUGGUUUCUCGCCGCCUGACCUACUUCAAAUACAGCUCGAAAAGCUCGCCGUAAACUGCAUCAUCAAUCCACUCACAGUUCUGUUAGAUGCGCGCAACGGAUCAAUCCUCUACAACUACUCCAUUUCGCGCGUAAUACGACUCCUACUUGCUGAGAUAUCACUCGUCAUACGCUCCCUUCCCGAGCUCCAGCACAUACCCAACGUCGAACAGCGCUUUGACCCAGGUCGGCUUGAAACCAUAGUCGUCGGCGUUGCACACGCGACCAAGGAUAACAUCUCCAGCAUGCUUGCCGAUGUCAGAGCAGGACGCGUCACUGAGAUGAACUACAUCAAUGGAUGGAUCGUGAGGAAGGGGGAGGAGCUGGGGAUCAAAUGUUUUAUGAAUUACAUGAUGGUGCAUCUGGUUGAAGGCAAGGGUCGAAUGGUGAGCGCUGAGUUGCGGGAGGGUGUUCCGUUUGUGGAUGGCCCGCUUGAUGCAACUGAAAUACGUUUGAAGGAAGUGACAGCAACAGCGAAUGAGGGUAAGGGCAACAGCGAAUCAGCAACAGCGAACGCGAGGUCAUUGGAAAAUAGUACUGGGGAAGGACCAGAUGGAAAGCCCGUAGCAAGUACGUAACACAAAGACUUUGUUUGGUAGCGCCUUCUCUCGAUUGUUUGCUCAAUCCCACACUACAUCAGUACCCCGUCUCUCUUUCACAGUUCAACACCACUACUGUCGGCAAAAUUUGACACUCAGUUGCCUCCCUCCUUUCCUUUGCUCUGCCUUCCCCAUCCGCCUUUGCACGCUUCCAUGAACAUACACACACAACAGACGAGAAGGAAACGCAUACAGGCGAACACACACGCAAACAAAAUCGCCGAUCUGCGCUUGCUAUCACUACCUCGCGGCACCUCCAUGUUCUCACUAAACAAAUAACAACCAUGCCUGCUUUGACAAUCCAGCGCCCU